UGGAUAUUCGUCAUUGUUGCUCAGUUCACAUAGCCCAGUAAAAGAGAAAGAAAGGGAGGACAUCUGAAACGAAACGAUGGCUGCGAUCCGUAAGAAGCUGGUGAUAGUUGGGGAUGGAGCUUGUGGAAAGACCUGUUUGCUCAUAGUGUUCAGUAAGGACCAGUUUCCUGAAGUGUACGUGCCUACAGUUUUUGAGAACUAUGUUGCAGACAUUGAAGUGGAUGGGAAGCAGGUGGAACUGGCACUUUGGGAUACGGCUGGACAAGAGGACUAUGACAGACUAAGGCCCCUCUCCUAUCCCGACACUGACGUUAUUCUUAUGUGCUUCUCCAUAGACAGCCCUGACAGCUUGGAGAAUAUUCCAGAGAAAUGGACCCCUGAGGUGAAGCAUUUCUGUCCCAACGUUCCCAUCAUUCUUGUGGGAAAUAAAAAGGACUUACGGAAUGACGAGCAUACGCGUCGGGAACUGUUAAAAAUGAAACAGGAACCUGUAAAACCAGAGGAGGGUCGGGACAUGGCCAACCGCAUCAAUGCGUUCGGCUAUUUGGAGUGCUCAGCCAAAACGAAGGAUGGAGUGAGGGAGGUGUUUGAAAUGGCCACCAGGGCGGCGCUCCAGGCCAAGAAACGUGGCAAGAAAAAUGCCUGCACUCUGCUAUAGGGAGGGAGGAGAUGUGGGAGAGGGAGGGUAAGGGGGACCAAACCAGGCCAAGGAAAAGAAGGAGAGAGAUCAGUAA